AUGCCUACCCAAUUGGAAGGUGCCAUGGAUACCAUGAUCCGAAUCUUUCACCAUUACUCUGGCAAAGAGGGCGACAAGUACAAGCUGAACAAAGGGGAACUGAAGCAGCUCUUGCAGAGCGAACUGACAGACUUCCUUGCUUGCCAAAAGGAUCCCCAGCUGGUUGACAAGAUCAUGAAUGAUCUGGACUCCAAUAAAGAUAAUGAAGUUGACUUCAAUGAAUUUGUGGUGCUGGUGGCAGCUCUGACUGUUGCCUGCAACGACUUCUUCGAGGAACAGCUACGUAAGAAGGGGAAAUAG